AUGGCUUGGUUUUUACGUGUGCUGCUGCUGCUGCUGAGUGGACUGACCAGUGUGGCCCCCCUGUUCUGCUACACCUGUGUGUUCCCCACACACUCCCCCACAGACUGCAUCCGCUUCCCAGUGAAGUGUCCCCCAGACCAGCUGUGUCUGACCAGCCGCGCAGUGGGGCACAGAGGAGAGGUCCGCGUGGAGCUGUGGGAGCGCAGCUGUGUGCUGGCCUCCAUGUGCGGGCAGACGGGACAGAAACACACCAUGGGCCUCAACUUCACCUUCACCAACACCUGCUGCCGCACAAACCUGUGCAAUCACAACGCCCCGACCACCUCCAGAGCCCCUCCUCCACACCGCGGCCUGGGUCCCCUCACUCUGCUCUGGGUCUGCUACGGCCUCAUCGCACACCUCUGA